AUGUAUGUGAGCGUAUUCACCAUCAUCAUCAUCAUCAUCAAAGCCAUCAUUGUCAUCAUCAUUAUCAUCAUCAUCAUCAGGAGGGCAAUCAUAACGGAACAGGACGAGUUCAGCCGGGUGGAAACGGAUGCAGUUCCACCGGAAGUGAAGGACUGGCUCUCCAUGACCUUUACCCAAUCAAAUAACAGUACGGCGGCAAACCGAAAGUCACGUGCUACAAGGGCGAAAUUCAGGAGCGUAGCUAACUGCAUAAGGGCAGGAAUUAUGGUGGACAAAAUCUACAGACGCGUUGCAAACACGUCAACCGUUCAAGUUCCCACACAAAUUCUCCACUAUUACAAAUCGAUAGAUGAAUGGUCAUUCCAGUUACUCUCAAUGAAUGAAGUGUCAGAUGGUCACAUACUCAAAUUGAUCGGCCUUGAAAUUCUUCAGAAAUUUGACCUCGUCAACAAGUUCAAGAUCAACCUUCAGACCCUAGACAACUUCCUCUCACGUCUGGAGGUAGGCUACGGAAAACACGGAAACCCCUACCACAACGCAGUACAUGCAGCUGACGUAACUCAAACAGUACACGGGGUACUUAUAAGUACCGGACUGGCGUCCUGGCUGACGGAUCUUGAACUGUUGACCGUGCUGACGUCUUGCAUGAUCCAUGACUUCGAACAUACCGGGACGACAAAUAAUUACCACAUCAACACUGCAUCAGACAUAGCAAUAAUGUACAACGAUAAAUCGGUCCUUGAGAAUUAUCAUCUGAGUGCCACCUUUCGAGUUAUGAAGGAUCCGGAGUUCAAUCCCUUCAAUAACUUGAAACCGGAUGACUAUAAAGAAUUUAGAAAUUUGAUGAUUGAAAUCGUACUGGCCACGGACAUGUCUUGCCACUUUCAACAGAUCAAAAACAUGAAAUCCCUACUUUCGUCUGCUUCUGAAAAUGUGGACAGAGCAAAAGCAUUCUCCUUAAUCGUACAUUGUGCCGACAUCAGUCACCCAGCCAAGCCUUGGAACCAGCACAACAAAUGGACGGAAUUUCUAAUUGAGGAGUUUUUCAGUCAGGGGGACAAAGAACUAGCCCUCGGAUUGCCCGUAUCCCCCCUGUGCGAUCGAAACAACACGCAUGUUCCUGAAUCACAGAUAGGAUUCAUAGAUUUCAUAGUCGAUCCAAGCUUCCAAGUGAUGGGAGACAUGAUAGACAAAAUGUUGAGCGACAUAUUGCAGCAGCAUCACAUCAUCAGCACCAACAACAGCAACAAUAACAAUCUCGGCAACAUCAACAAAAACAUCAACACACAAAACAUCAAUGAAAACGCCAGUCAUCACUUCAGUAAAACACGGAACUAG